GAUAUGGUCUUGCCCCGGCUGCAGUUGGUUCUACUUAUCCUUGGCCUGAAAGCCAUGUGGGGCUCUUUGCUGCAAAUCGAUUGGCCAAAACGACAGUUGGACUGGUGGCAGAAACAGUACUAUCAAUCAUCAUGGAAACAAAGGCUGCGGUUUACGACUACCCCGAAGCCAGGAGCCACUCCCGAAUCUGUUGAAACCAGAUUGGUGUACCCAUGCUACUGCUACAAACCAUCCCUCGAGGGUUUGGCCACUGCCAGUCCAGUGGAGAGGAGAAUGAUUGAGCCCAAGGAGCUGUUCUACUUAAAUAAAUAGUAUUUAUGGUACACUAAAAUUA